UACCGCCAAUACACGUUUUUUGAGCUGAUCUUUAAGGAUAGCGAACAGAAGAGCCAUGGAGGCCACCGAACAGUCCCAGACGCCGCUGCAGCCGGCAGUCCUCAGCCUAAACAACUGUCCCGGAACUACGCCCGGCACCCCGCAGAGCAAGAACCAACUGAAGAAGCAGAAAAAACUGGCCGAGUUUGCGGAGCUCAAGAAGUUGCGUCGGGAGCGGGAGCGGCAACGCAAGAAGCAGAAACGUCGGGAGGCUAAGGAACAGGGAUUGCCCGUGCGAGUAGGACCCUCGCGCAAGGAGCUGAAACGGCGCCAGGUGGCCAGCGCGGAGAACGGGUUGGCAACCUUCAGCGUGGCCAUCGAUCUGGACUACGACGACCUAAUGCAGGAGCGGGACAUAGCCAAGUGCGUGAAGCAGUGCUUGCGAAUCUACACCAUUAACCGACGGAGUGCGCAGCCGGGACGUCUCCACUUCACGGGGAUUAAGCGGAACGGACACAUCCACGAGUGCUUCAAGAAAAACGACGGCUGGGAGAACUGGAACGUGGAAUACCACUUUGAUCGCACCCACGCCGACUUGUUCGAGAAGCAGAAGCUCGUGUACCUCACCUGCGAGUCCGACAAACUGCUAGACAAGGUGCAACCCGAGUGCACCUACGUUAUUGGCGGCCUGGUCGACCAUAAUCACUUCAAGGGCCUCUGCCACUCCCGGGCCACGGAGGCGGGCUUGACCACGGCCCGCCUGCCGCUCAGCGAGCAUGUAGACAUGAAGACGCGCGCCGUACUUAGUACCUACCAUGUGUUCGAGCUGCUUAACAAAGUGGCUGCUGGCCAGGACUGGACCUCGGCCAUUCUCGAAACGAUCCCAUUGCGAAAGGGCGCCAAGGCCAAGACGACGACCAACGAGCAGGAGCUGGAUGCCAACUCCGAGUCAGAGACCGAAACCCAGGUCGACCUGAAGGCGGACAGUUGACCCCGAUCAAAGCGUUUUGAGGUCUUUUUUGAUUUUUAUUUUAGUUUCUCUUGUUUUUAUAAAAUCACAUUUAGUUUUGUUUCGAAAAUUAAAUUACAACUUAAAAUACAUAGUGCAAAUAAUAGUUAUAAUAAAAUAUAUUUUUACAUUUCGUUCUACAACGUGCGAUGAUGGCCUCAGCGACAAAGAUCGCCAGUGAAACACUGAUGUUUUCCUAAUUUGCUCCACUCUUCCACUUAUGUGUUUGUAUACCCUUGCAGAGGGGACGAAUUCAAUGUUACAUUUAAUUGUAUAAGCCUCUUUUAUCCAGACGGUUAUAGUAGGGCAGUCCAGAAUCUGCACAAAUGGUGAGGAUCACCCAUGACCGAGAAGGAUGGAUCAGGUUCGCUCCAUCAGUUUAAAAGGAACAGAAAAUUAGCACGACAGAUUAAUUGAUCAGUUGUUUUGAAGAAAUCAAAUAUAUGACUCAAAAAUAAUGAUUAUCAAGAGUUUCUAUUUUUUCGCUCAAAAAAAACCCGAAAAGGGGAGAAAAGAUGUAUACAAAUCAUAGCUCGCAAACAACGGUCAACACUUUUUCCCUUUGCAGACAGCACUGACAAAACAGAGAAAGACCACGCUGACAAGGCUCUCCCUGAGCAGAACAAUUUUUGUCUCUUCGCUUGUAGUAAGUGUAUCUGGUUUUCGGUUGAGCCGUCACACGAUCGUGUCUCACAAUAACAACUUAGAGUGACACUUUUGAUCAAGCGCUCACAGCAAAAGUGUCUUUAGAUGAACAGAACCAAAAAAGUGUCCGAGUAAAGUGUUUUUAGUUUUUUUUCGUGUAUAUGUUUAUUUAUUCAUGUUUUCCGCAUCUAUUGGGCUAUUGUUUAUUCGUUCGCUCGCGACAAGAUGCUCAGUGAAAAACAGGAACAAAAAUUAAGUGAAAAAAAGAGCGAAUUGAGCAAAAACAGAUUUGAUCUUUUCGGGUCUUUUCUGUCCCUUUUAUCAGACACGCCGAAAGUAUCAAUCGUUAUUUGCGAGGUCUGAUAAAAAUACUUGGAUCAACCUUUUGCAGAUCCCUUUUUUACAGAACGGUUGCUCGUCGGCAGAGGCUUUAAGGCUCUUUAGGGGUUAGGUUUUAGGAAUAUUCAUUGGUGAUAAUUACUACUUUUGAGUUAUAUUUAUAAUAGCUAUCCAUACUGUUUAUGUUUGAGCAGUUUAAAGUAAAGCUCAAUAAUAAAGAUUAUCGCACAGGCUAUAUAUUAUUUUUUUGCUGCGUUUAUCAGCUUUUAAUAAUUUCAAGUUAAAAAUUUGGUGUAGCACAAAUGUAAAAAAAAAACACUAGUUUUUUGUAGAUUGGUUCUGGGUAAAAAGUUAAAGGGUUGAAAAUCCUUUCGCGAUUGGCAGGUUGGAUAAUAAAAUAAUUAAUUAUUCAAAUUUAAUAUCUUAGUAAUAUGAAUUAAUUUAACUUUAAAAUAUCUGCUUAAAUUCGCAAAAUGAUUUUCGCCCUACGUCAGUUUUAGUAAAUAUUUCAGGCUUCUGAGCGCUCUCUUUUGGCUUUUCAACCAAAUUUUACGACAGCCUGGAGCCAGCUCCAAAGCCAGCCCAAAAAAAAUAGUCGUGUACCAUUGUAAAGUUUGGCCGUUACCCAUAUGAUUAAUGGUAUUGUCUUUGGUUGUGCACAUUGAAUAUGGUUUAAUACAUCUAAGACGAAUUUCAUUUAAAUCGGACGACCCUUUCGAUUGAUUGGCAAACUAACAAGCACCACUUUGAAUUUGCGGAAGAUGUUUCAAUCGAAUUGUACAGAUUGCAGCUAGAUUAUUAGUUAUUAUAGGCAUUACUAAACCGAUUAACAAAGUAGAGACCUGCAACGACAUGGAUUUAAAUCCGGAUUACAAUAUUUACUAAUCUGUUCUGGUCGUCCGACUGCAAGGGUAUAUAUGUAAGCUUCGGGGUGCCGAAGUAUGCUAUAAAUUGCCGUUAUUUUCGUUGGUUUUAUUCUCUUUUCUGUGUAUUGCAUAGGUAUAUGUUUGUGCACGUACAUGUACAUAUAUGGGCCUAUAGAAAGCAGAGGAUCUUGAACUCAAAAAUACAUGUGACACGGGUGUGGAAAGUGGGCUUAGACUGUCCCUAGCCACUGUGUCUGGACCUGCACCAUUUUGCUCUUGCUCUUCUUUUGAUUAAUAUUUUGUUGGUGUGUUAUUUUGUUGAUGUAAAUGUAGAUUGGGUUUUUUUUGUGUGUGUGUUUUUUUUGUCAUUUCGAAUCGGAACACAGAUUAAGUAGCUUAAGGGCCUUACAUUGUCAUCUACAGAUAUACAUAUAAGAAACAUACAUAUAUAUUCAUACAUAUACAUAUACAUACAUA